AUGGAGGACGAGCCCCUGGCCACGGGCGUGAUGCUCUCGCCCACGCGCAACGUGAGCCAGGACGGCGAGAUCGUGCGCCGCUGGAUGGAGAUGGUGCUGGGCGACAAGUUCCUGGACGACCUGCCGGCCGCGCUGCGCUCGGGCGAGCUGCUGUGCGACCUGGUGAACAAGCUGUACAAGGCGCUGGGCAUGAAGAGCCAGAUCAGCCCGGUGCGCGCCGCAGCGACGAGCGAGCAGGACGCGCUCGGCAAUGUGUGCGAGUAUCUUAGGGCUUGUGAAGUGCUGGGCGUUGCGCGGCAAGAUCUGUUCCAGCCGGACGACCUGCUCAAGCGCAAGGACAUGGAGAAAGUGUACAGCAAUAUUUUGGCGCUGCAGACGGUGGCGGUGUCCCUGUCGAACCGCCGCUCGAUCGAUGAGCGCAGCUCUAUGAUCAAUGCUCCGGACUGGUCCCCGCUGUCGGAACACGGUAUCUUCACGGAGGACGAUGUUGAUAUUGAUGCGGAUGAUCUGGAUCUGGACUCGCCGGAAGCUGUGCACAUGCUGCAGCAAUCACGCUGGCAGCGGUUAUUGUUCGAGUAUGAGCACCAGCAGCAGCGGAAGGAAGAGAAUGAUCUUGCUGGCGAUUCCUCAGCGUCUGACGGAUUGGGUCCACUGGCGCACGGAAUUUGGCGGACAGAGGAGCGGAUACGAGCGAUUCUGAUGCGUGACGAUCGUGAUUUUGGAGCGGUGCCCGAGGAAUUGCACGGAAAGCUGUGGAUGCUUGCGUCAGGGGCCCAAAUGGAAAUGCGGAAGCACAAGGGCAUGUAUGAGCGAUUAUUGGCGUCUGAAUUGGAGAGUACAGAAGCUACGCGACAGAUCGAUGUGGAUCUGCAUCGGACUGUUGCUGAGGAGGACAAGGAGCUCUGGACUGACGAGAAAUCGAAAAUAAUGCGGCGGGUUCUAGUCGCGUAUUCGUAUUACAACCCUGGGCUGGGUUAUUGUCAAGGCCUGAAUUACAUUGUUGCUCGCAGCCUGCAACAUCUGAGCGAGGAAGAAGCGUUCUACUUGCUUAUUGCUAUUGUUCGGCUGGUUCCUGACGAUUACUACACAACAAUGUUGGGUCUUGCUGUAGAUCAACACGUAUUUGCCGAUCUUGUGCGCCUACAGUAUCCAGAGAUAUCGGAGCAUUUGACGGAGCUUGGAGGAUCUGGGAUGGAGCUGUCGCUGGCUUGCACGGAAUGGUUCUUGACACUCUUCGCAAGUCCGUGCGAACGAGGAGUCACGUUCCAGAUUUGGGACGCAAUUUUUCUUCAGGGUGAAGAGGUUCUCUUUAGAGUAGCCCUGGCGUUAUUGCAGCAGGCAAAGGCAGAACUUCUCGCGUGUAACGCCUAUGGCGACAUGCUGAAGCACCUGAAUGAGCUUGGUCGAGGAAAUGUUGACGCACUGGAGCUUAUGAAGAUCUCCAAGAAGCAGGACUGUGUAAUUCGUGGCCGGAUCGAAGAUUUCCGAGCUCAUCACCGUCUACAACUAGCAUCAGGGAUUGUCGCCUCCACGGUUGAAACCGAGGAUGCUCGUAGCUCAACUACAGGACGAAGGAGCUCCGAGACGAGAUCUGAGCCAAGACUGCGGAUAUUUGGCCGCAAGAACAAGCAGGGCAUUUUUCGACACAUGGACAAGAUUCCUCCUCGCCUGGCUCGAACGUUUGAUAGGCAUCUUACCGAUGAGUACACGGAGUCUAUUCGAAGAGACCACCCACAUUUUGCGGGGUACUACGAAGGAAUCCAGCUGCAAGUUAUGGAGGAGUAUUGGGGCUCAGCUGAUAGUUACCGUCAGUGGGGCGUGCGAAAUGUCCGUCGCAUCUCGAAGGAUGGCUUUGCGGUUAGCAGUUCCAAGGACAAAGAAACCCAUCGCAUGAAGUCUGACCCAAAUUUGGUGAGUCGCCGUGCAACAAGUCCACAAGGUUCGGACGGUGAUGACAAUGACUCUGGACUGACGCGUGAUCGUCGAAGCAAGAGCUCUGCCUUGAUGUAUAAGAAGAACCAGAACCAUAGCGCUAAUAGCACCCCCGGUGGCCGACCGAUGAAGGAUAACGAGGAGAUUGGACGCUCGCCCUUGGCUUGGAUUCAGCGUUUCGAGGAGUGGCACAAGGAUAUGAAAACGCAAAAGGAGAAGAAGAAAGCGGAGAAGAAACGCUUUCGGCUCUAUCAGCGCUCAGAAAGUAUGUGUGGUCCGAGGAAUGGUCAAUCUGACUCUGGAUCAGGCAACACGUGGUUGCGGGACGCGAUUGAUUCAUCCCCGCCCCUACUUCGUGCUCCGUCGAAGAAGUCGCAAGGUCUUGGCGUGGACGGGUUCUCGUUGGGUCACCGAAGAAGAUCGACUGAGCACCAACGAUCACCCGACAACGUGCCGAUGCUGGAAGAGCCCCCGCUCUCACGUUCCUUUUCGGAUCCGUUCCGGUCCCCUGCCGGCAUUGCUGGACAUCAACGGCACACCACCAUUGAGAAGUCACGCUCGGAGGUCGAUCGAGGUCCAAUGAUACCGCAACACCCGUUCAAACGUGACUACGACGCACCGCCUCAGAAGUCGGAUUUCGAUGAUGCACGCAAGCGUACUCGAAGCGGGAGUGUACGGGGUUCUCGUGGCUUUAGUGACCAAAGCACACUAUCCAGAAGCACCAAUUCGUAUGCCAACACCGCCUCAUUCACCCAGGACCACCAAGACGACACAUGUUCGAACCAUUCGAGUGACGACAAGGGGACAAAACAGAGUGCUGAUGAGCUCAGCCCACCGCCGCUCCAUCUCGAUAGACCAGUGGCACAUGAUCCUUUGUACUCCCCAGUUCACGUUCGCUCCAACUCGGUGGACUUCAUUGUGGAUGAACCAAGCUCCCGUGUUCCACGUCAGGCUCACAGUCGAUCUAACUCGGUGGACUACGUCGUGGAUAAACCAGCUCGACCUCCAGUUCACUGUCGCUCUAGCUCGGUGGAUUUCGCUGUGGACGAGUCAAGCGCGUGUGCCGUGCCAACCAUCCGACGAAUCGUGUCCGUACCAAUUGAAGACCAGUUCGCCCAGCGUCUGCGCAACAAGGAGCGCGCCAAUGUUCUGCAGUACAUGCACCGGAAGGCGAGCGACGCCAGCAGUAUCGCCGGGAGUAUCCCACGCAGCCCUGCGCGUAUGAGCGAAAGCUCAAGCGACUCGUCUCGAUUCGGUGACCACGCCAGCAACCGAAGCGGGAAGUACCGGAAGAGCUCCUUUUCGUUCUUCGACAAGCUGUCGAGCGACCUGGAGGGCAGUCUGGUGGACGAGGCGGAGUUCAAGACCGAAAGCAUCGGCCGAGGCUCCCUGUCCUCAGUUGCAACUGGUCGGUCAAGCACCGUCGAUGAGCAGCGGCCCAUGGGCGGACCAAUCUCCAUCUCGUCGUAA